CAUCGCAGGGACUAAUAAACAUGUGCCUUUCUAACUAAGUCAUCAUAUUUAUAUUUUAAUUUCUUGUAAGCGAUCCAGGAGAUUCCCGUGAAGCUUCAGAAACACUGAUUCCCGUCUCAGCACCACGUGGUCAAACGCGGAAGCACAAACAGACAUUUAAGGAAGAGGUGUGUUUAUGUUGCUUAUUGCGAACUGCAAGUAGGAGUGAGAACUUCACAUUUUGGAAAUAGUGUCGCGUCUCUCUGUUUGACUAAAUGGCGAACGUGUGCGGAUUGAGGACCCUAAAGAACGAACCAGUGCCCCUGAAGUCGGUGGAGGUGCAGGUGGAUGUCCAGGGUCACGUGGCUUCUGUCAGCUCCACCCUUCAGUAUGAGAACCAGGAGUCCAGUCCAGUGGAGGCCGUCUUCAUCUUCCCCAUGGAGAGUAACGCCACCAUCUACAGUUUUGUUGCCCGCAUUGGGGAUGUUGAGAUUAAGGCCCAAGUCAAAGAGAAAGAGCAGGCUCAGGAGGAGUAUGACGAUGCCGUCAGCUCAGGGCAGCAGGCCUUCCUCCUGGAGGAGAGUGAUGAAAGUUCUGACGUGUUUCGCCUGAGUGUCGGGAGUCUUCCUCCGGGGCAGAGUGCCUCUGUUACGCUGAGCUACGUGACUGAGCUGGCCGUACAGGCUGAUGACGCCCUGAGGUUCUGUCUGCCUGCCGUGCUCAACCCACGGUACACGCCAGCAGGCAGUAAGAGCUUGACAGCAGAGGGAUCUGGUCCCCAGGGGGAAAGUGUCCCAUACACCCUGUCCCUCGGAGUCCACAUGUACUCUCCCAGCACCGUCCAGAGUGUCCAGUCCAACUGCCCCCUCACCCCACUGGAGUUCCUCUCCCAGGAUAAUACUGAGGCCAAAGUCAGUCUGUCCCCUGGUCACAAGUUUGACCGGGAUGUAGAGCUGCUGCUGUAUUACGGUCAGCCUCACCAACCCACUGCUAUACUGGAGGCGGGGCAGCCAAGUGCCCAAGCAGGCUCAUUGAUGGGUGACACUGUAGCCAUGUUGAGCUUCUACCCAGAGAUUCCAUCUAUACCAUCUUCUCAAAUGACUUCCAAAGGGGAGUUUAUAUUUGUGGUGGAUCGUUCAGGCAGCAUGGACUGUCCAAUGAACCAAAGCAACUACGAACAGACUCGCAUCAGCAGUGCCAGGGACACGUUACUGCUGCUGUUGAAGAGUCUUCCUGUUGGCUGUUACUUCAACAUCUAUGGCUUUGGUUCCUCCUUUGAAUCCUAUUUCCCUGAGAGUGUGGAGUACAUGCAGGCCAACAUGGAAACUGCUGUGCAGAAGGUGCAGUCAAUGCAGGCUGAUAUGGGAGGAACAGAAAUCCUUCAGGUCCUUCAGAACAUCUACAGCAAGCCCUGUCUGCCUUCACAUCCACGCCAGCUGUUUGUCUUCACAGAUGGAGAAGUGGGAAACACCAAAGAGGUGAUUGAUCUGGUGAAGAGACAUGCGUUGUCUCACAGGUGCUUCACCUUUGGCAUCGGGGAGGGGGCCAGCAGUGCCCUGGUGAAUGGCAUGGCUGAGGGCGGCUCUGGACACCCACAGUUCAUCACUGGGGCAGAGAGACUGCAGCCAAAGGUUAUGCAGUCUCUUCGGUUUGCCAUGCAGCCUGUUGUAGAGGACAUUUCAGUGAAAUGGAACAUUCCAGCAGAUAUAUCCGUCACCCCCCUGUCUCCUCUUCCCAAUGUGCUCUUCCAGAAUCAGAGGGCAAUACUGUACUUCCAGCUCACUGGACAGAGGUCCGGUAAUAUUUCAGGUUCAGUGAGUCUCCAUCACACUCUGGAUAAGAAGGCUGUGGAAAACACACUUACCCUUAACAUGCAGCCAAAGGAGGACAGCAGCAUGCUGAUACACAGACUGGGGGCCCGCAAAGCCAUUUUGGCCUUGGAGGGGGAACGUGGAGACGCAGGCGAUAAGACGGGGAAAGAGAGAGCAGUGGAGCUGAGCAUCCAAUCAGGAGUCAGCUCCUCCUACACGGCUUUCAUUGCUGUCAACACAGAGAACAAGCAGCCAAUCAAAGGGCCCCUACUGCGCAGAAACAUCCAAUCCAUGAUGUUUUCACCACCACGAGGACGCAUGAUGGCUUUUGGUGGCCCAGCCCACAUGGCCUGUGACGUGCUAUGUUCAGGAUCCCUACCCACUGCUAGGUUGGCAUGUUCAGCACCCAUGCCGUUAGCUCGUAUGGUUGGAGCAAAACGCAAGUGUAAAGCAUCCAUGCCCCUCGCUAUGGAUGCAGCACCUAUGGCCCCUGCUCCUGAACAAGACGCACCAGAGACAAAGGAUCCUCUGCUGGAAUUGAUCAGCCUACAGAAAGUAGAUGGAUCCUGGGACCUCCAACCAUCGCUGGCCUCCAUCUUUGGGAGAAGGGAGGAAGAAGUGGCCACAGCCUUACCUGGGAAGCCUGAGUUGUUACCAGUCUGGGCCACAGUGUUGGCAGUUCUGUGGCUUCAUGGUCAUAAGAUGGACUUCAAGGAUGAGUGGCAGUUUGUGGCUGCAAAAGCUGUUGCCUGGAUCAAGGCUCAGUCAGGAGCUGAUUUGACCGGGUUUGUGGCAGCUGGGAAUUCCUUCCUUGGCCUCCAGGUGGAGCUGCAGGACUUUGGCCUGAAAGAGUGACUCAGACCCUAAACUGCCAUCAUAUUAGCCUAUCGCUACUGCACACAAACCAUCCCAGCCCAGAUAAUUACUAUUCUGUUCUUAUUUGUGAAAAUGACCAUAGUGACAUAAAAGUUAACGUUUUAAUGUUCCAAGCAAACUAUUGAUUCUGCUAAAGCACAAUUAGGUAGACAGAUCAGUUCCAAUUAAUUUAACAGGAUUUCUAAGUGUCUUACAAAAUGUUUUGAAAAGAAUAAUCAUAACUUUAUAAUUUCAUUCAGUCCAACAUACCAUUGUGAUAAAUAGCCACAGCUACUUAUUAAAAGUUUAAACUGCUAAUCAGAAUGUGAGGUUGGGAUUUCGGUGCUGCAAAAUACACAAAAAUCUAAAUCAGCACAGCAUUGAUUAAGAUGCUAAAUGCUUCAUUGUCUUUAGAAACUGCUCAGUUGUACACGUGAAAGUCUGGAAUCAGACACAACACAACCACAGGUUAAUUUUUUGCGAAAUCACCACGGAAGCAUGAGCAUACGAAAUGUAGUUUGAAGAUUCAUGUAUUAUAUUCCUUUGAUAAACUAGUAAACAUGCGCCUUUCUUAUUAAAUGAUAUUCAUAUA